AUUCUUUGCACGCUGAGUUGCUAAAAAAGAAAAAGCCGUUUGUACUGUACGCUCUCCCUCUCUCCGGAGAUCAACUGAGGAAGAAAGUAAGACGACCAAACGGAAUGAUCCACCCAUCGAAACCCCUUCUCUCCGCUGCUCAGAAGUUCAAUUUACCGUUGCUUUCGAGGACCUAAGAAAUUCAUCCACCAAAACCCCACCGGGACGUCCCUGAUUCAAUUUGAUGCUGCCGGUUUGGUAUUCUUCAAUCCGCGCGAUUUCAAAUCUUUAGUUCUGUCUUGGAGAUUCGGAUUUUUAAGAUUUUCUAGAGUUUUGAUAGAAUGAAGCCGAUGGAGACCAUUCAGGAUCUAAUUGAGCAGGCUAAGUUUCGAACGGUUUGGUGGGCCCUGUGUAUCUUCGCCGUUUCCUACUUGUUAACGCAUACAAGUAAGUCAAUUUGGAUGAAUGUACCCAUAUCAAUUCUGUUUGUUUGUGCACUACGCAUUCUUUUUAAUGAGGUAGAUUUCCAUUGGAAAGUUCGAUCAGUUCAUCUACCAACAUACUUAUCUCAUUUGGAGAAGAAACAGUUGUCGGCGAAUGAUUCACGCCUUUAUACUACGCCUGCCCCACCAAAAUGGAAAAGGAAAAUCGAUUCUCCUAUUGUUGAGGCUGCAAUGAAUGGCUUUAUUGAUCAGAUAUUAAAGGAUUUUGUAGUGGAUAUGUGGUAUUCAGAAAUUACUCCAGACAGGGAGUUCCCAGACCAUAUACGGGCCAUAAUCAUGGAUGCUCUCGGUGAAAUCUCAGGAAGGGUUAAAGAGUUAAACCUUGUCGACUUGCUGACAAGGGAUAUAGUUGAUUUAAUAGGGGAUCACUUGGACCUCUUCAGAAGAAACCAAGCUGCUAUAGGUGUUGAAGUUAUGGCAACACUGUCUUCUGAGGAGAGAGAUGAGAGAUUGAAACACCAUCUAAUGGCUUCUAAGGAGCUUCAUCCUGCAUUGAUAUCUCCUGAGAGUGAGUACAAGGUUCUUCAACAGCUAGUAGGUGGAGUGCUAGCUGUGGUACUAAGACCACGAGAAGUUCAUUCUCCUUUGAUUCGAUCUAUCGCUCGGGAACUUGUAACUUGCUUGGUUAUGCAACCCGUUAUGAGUUUUGCAACCCCUGGCUACGUCAAUGAAUUGAUUGAAUACCUUUUACUUGCUGCUAAAGAUGACAGCGUUAUUUGGGAAGGUAGUUAUCAGUCAACCAAUGCAGCAGCUCAUACUCAUGGUCAUCCUCUCACAGCAGGAGGUUUACGUGAUGAUGAUUCUACCUUGAGGGAAUAUUCAUCCUCUAAUCAAGGGUCCGAUAUGACUUUGACUAAAAUUGACAAUCAAAUGGAAUCAUUUUUGAAAUAUGACACAGAAAAGCCUAUGAAUUACCAGUCUACUGAUUGGGCACGAAUGCUGGAGGCUGCGACCCAGAGAAGAACUGAAGUUCUUUUACCUGAAAAUCUUGAGAACAUGUGGACAAAAGGAAGAAAUUAUAAAAAGAAAGAGCAGAGGGACAUUAAAGCAGGUUUUCAAGAUCCUCUAGUAAACGGUUCUGGAAUAAAUGGUGCCAUAUUUAGUAAAGAUCCGGGAAAGGAAAUGUUAGUCAACAGACAUGAAAUGCCUUUAGGAACAAAUGAGCUAGCAAUAAAGAAGGUAAGGCAUGGACAGCAUUUUGAUAAUCUAUUAAGAGACGAGAGAAAAACUGGGGAAGACUUCUCUCAAGAGCCCAACAGGGAAUUGUAUUUUGAGGGAGGGAAUCUUGUUGAUAAAUUGGAGCAUACUAGUAUUCUUGCAACUGAUGCUAAUAAACAUCGGCUUAAGAGGUCAAAUAGCACUUCUGCUUUGAUAGCCCAACCUGAUACAGAAUCAAAAGUUACUGGAGAAUCUGAAGGGCUCAUUAUUUCAGAGUUCUACAGCCCCAAUUUUGGCAGGCAUAGUGGUAGGAAUGCUUCAGAUAUGGUGCUCCACAGCAAGGCACAACAAGUUCCCAAGCUCAAGUGCCGGGUUAUGGGAGCAUAUUUUGAGAAACAUAGGUCAAAAUCUUUUGCAGUUUAUACAAUUGGGGUGACAGAUGCAGAAAAUAAGACUUGGUUUGUCAAAAGAAGGUACAGGAAUUUCGAGCGAUUGCAUCGACAUCUUAAAGACAUCCCAAAUUAUAUGUUACAUUUGCCUCCUAAAAGGAUAUUCUCAUCAAACACAGAUGACACUUUUGUUCAUCAGCGAUGCGUUCAGCUUGAUAAAUAUCUGCAAGAUCUCUUGUCAAUUGCUAAUGUUGCUGAACAGCAUGAAGUGUGGGAUUUUUUGAGUGUUUCUUCAAAGAAUUAUGCUUUCGGAAAAGCUUCCUCAGUGAUGAGAACCCUGGCAGUUAAUGUGGAUGAUGCGGUGGAUGAUGUUGUACGCCAGUUCAAAGGGGUUUCAGAUGGCUUAAGGCCUAAAGUUGUUGUUCCAUCACCCCCUAAUGAAGCCUCUUCUUCAACAUUUGUCCAGAACUUGUCUGGGAAUGCAAAUGUGAUAAAUAGACACGUAUCAUUUUAUAAUACAGUGGGAACCUCGAAUAGCUCUCAUGAUAAUUAUGAAGGACACAAGGAUGAAAAUGAUGGUCAAGAGGAAGUUAAUCAUGCAAACGCCAAUGGGUCACAUUCUGACAAUGAACUGAACUCAAAGAGUUUUCCACCUCAGACAAUUGAACAAGCCAAAGAGCCAAUAAACUUCAGUUCUGGGAAGAGACAUGAUUUAGCUGCAAAACAUGGAACACACCGGGGUGGAUUUCCAGCAGCAAGUCUCCCGUUAAUCUCGGAUCAUUUGGAGGACCCAGUUGGAAUGCCACAUGAGUGGACUCCGACAAAUUUAAGUGUUCCUCUGUUGAAUCUAGUUGACAAUAUAUUUCAGCUCAAGAGAAGAGGUUGGCUGAGAAGACAGGUCUUUUGGAUAUCAAAACAAGUUUUGCAGUUAAUAAUGCAAGAUGCAAUUGAUGACUGGCUCUUGAGGCAGAUUCAUUGGCUGCGGAGAGAUGACAUUAUUGCUCGAGGGAUUCUGUGGAUUCAAGGGGUUCUCUGGCCUGAUGGCACAUUCUUCCGAAGAGUAGAGAACGCUCAGAGUAAUGACAAUGAUUCUGAAGCUAAUAAAAAGCCUUUACAAACUAAAAAUCAAUUUGGUGGCAAUAAAGUCUCCGCCUUGGUGUCUUUUGAACAACAGUUUGAGGCCACUCGCAGAGCAAGUGAUGUCAAGAAAAUGUUAUUUGCGACCGUCCAAUAAGAACGGCCAUGCCCGCAACUGAAUCAAAGAAGGGCCCUGAAAAUUCUUGCAGCACUCUAAAACAUCCUCGGGUAGCCUCGACUCGGCAAACGAUCUCAGUGGCAAGUACUUGGAUGCUUUUACAUUCUUCCCAGUCACGACCACGAGUCCAUCUCUCACUGUUUCAUCAUCAGCAACGUCAUCAUUUCACUCCAGUUCCUCUUUCCCUUGGUGGGUUUUGCUUUAUGAAUCGUCCCCUUUCGUUUUAUCUUGCUUCUUCUUCUGGAUUUCUAGGGACUCGAUUUCUUCAAGCUUCCUCUUGGGAUUGGCUUCGUCUUUGUUGUCUUUGUGCUUCUUCUUUUUCUUCUUCUUGGCUUUGAGUUCGGGGUUAUGAGAGGAUUCUUGAGCUGUCUCUAGUUCGCCAUGAAGCACGGUGGUGCAACUCUUUAGUUUUCGACCCAUCGCCAACAGCCGAAGGUAGUUGCUAUGCGGAAAUGCAAAAAGUUUGCAAGUGCUGUGUUGCAAGGGAGGGGAGGGAGAAGAAGAUGCAGGACGGAGGGUACAAUCGUUGGGGCCAAGGAGUGAUGGGGAUGUACAGUGAAUCCCCAUAUAUGGGGAUUCACUGUAGCACCCAUAAACUUCAUCAACAAUUUAGGGAUCCGGAUGGAGUGCUGUUUUUCCAUCAAACCCUAAAAAGUUUCUCAAAAUAUAGGGAUAGGGGAGUGGUGCGGUGCCGGAUGCGAGUGCUCAGCACGAGUAGCUUUUUAACACCUGAGAUUUGUAGAAUUUAAGAUCUCAAAUUAUGAGGCCAUAGUUAUAGUUUAGAAGUUAUCCUUUUUUUGUAUUAUCAUAUUUCAUUUUGCAAGCAAUUGAGGGAGGAAAAUCCAGACAUCACUAUAAGAAAUAUAGGACUAAAAAUUGGCAAUAACCGUGAAGAUGGGAGUUAUCCGUAUGUAUCACAUUGUACAUUCAUGAGACUUGCGAUUUUUCUUGUGUGGUUUGUCUAUCUGCGUGAUCUCUUGGAAGAGGACCAAUUAUGUUAAUCAAGCUACUAGGAGAAAUGCAGGCAGUGUACAUGUUACAAGGAAGAGACCUCCCUGGGGAUCCCAAGAUCUACUCAACAGGCUCUGAUAUCAUGUUGCCGGACCUACAAUCAUAAAAAAAAUGUUCUAGAUAUUAGGAAAUAGGCAAACUACUCUUAGCAAGCUUGACAAGGAAGUAAUGACUUGACAAUGGCCUCCACAUUUUUUUUUUUUUUCUU